CCGGUCGGAAAUCGUGACCCCAGGAGCUGAUGCAGUGAGCCUCGUCGAUGGCGAAUAAUGCGAGACCCCCUCGUUUCUGCAAUUGCUGCAGUAGAAGCUGCAUCUGCUCGCCCUGUAGCGUCUCGGGCGUCGUGUAAAGCAUCUCGACUCGCUCAUCCUCAACGUUCUGAGUUGCAGUUUCGAACUGUUUCAGCAGUCGAGCUACAAUUCGUUCUCGUUGUGACUGAGCCACCAAGGACGAAAACAUUUCCACUCCAAUAUGCUUUUUGCGCAGAGAAGCUACUUGGUCCUGCAUCAGAGCCAACAACGGACUCACCACUACAACGAGGCCGGGUAGCAGUAGCGCCGGCAGCUGAUAGCAAAGCGACUUGCCUCCACCAGUGGGCAUCAGCACCAACGUGUCCUUCCCAGACAGAACACGCCGCAGAGCAGCGCCCUGAAGACCUCGUAGUGUCGAGAAACCAAGCCGCUGUAAAGCUGCGCGGAUUUUGGCGAGACGAGCUUGUUGGCGCUGCACUUUAGCAUCCGCCAUGAAGCCAUAGAAUGCAAGACUUGAAAUGAAAUGACCAACUUUUAAAAGGAAGUGAAAAAAUAAAUAUUACUACAUGUAUUACAUUAAAUUACGGUAUUACUAUAAUAUAUUACUGUAGUGUACUUUUGUGAAAAACGAGC